ACUUCAAAAACAUAAUGGCGUCGAGAAGAACAUCAACAAUGUUAACAAACCCUAGUUUAAAAAGUUCCUCCACCGACACUAAAAGUCCAAAAAGUGAGAGCAAUGCGAGUAAACUUGACACCACCGUGACUGGGAAGAAAACUGUUAAACCAAGUGUAACUUUUGUCAAGUCUCGGUACAUGCAGUCUGCUGAGAAGGCAUCUCUAUCAAAGAGUAAUUCACUGACCAACGAGUCUAUUGCUGCUCCGCUGAGACCUUCCUCACCAAAACCCGGUGGUGUCAAAUCGAGGGUGGGUACUCCACCAAGACGCUCCAUGCCCCCACAGGCCCCAGCAACAUCAAUGAUGUCACAGGAAGCUGAGCCUUUGGUUCUUGGGAAAAGUAUUCUGCAAUCCACUUUCUCAGAUGGACCCGGCUUUCGACCAAAUUUUGAUAUUUCAGUCAUUAAUGAAAAAACUAUUUUGGAAAAAGCAAAAACUAUUUUGGAAAAAGCAGUAGAGCCAGAGAGAAAUACAGAGAUUAAUAAGGGGAACAUUGAGGCGCAGGCAUUCCUACUGGCCUACCUCACAGCUAAGAUGGAGAGCAAUACUGCAAAGGCUGAGGCUGAGGCAGAGGCCUGGAUCAUGGAGGUGAUGGAGGAAGAAGAGGCGCUGCAUAAUGAGGUUCAGGAGAAGAAACGUCGGUACCUCCUCGCGGAGAAGGACAGACUAGCGAAUGAGAUUCUGGAUUUACAGAUCGCUGCACUGACUCCUGUUGUGGAAACUGCCAAGCAAUUCACAAAUGACUACAAGACUUUCGCCACAGCUGUUGAUGCCACGCGACAUGAGCUGCCCGUCAAGAACUUCUACAUUGACGGGGACAGAAGGGAAUUCCUAGAUAAGGCUCAGGCUUGCCUGAAGGUGAGUGAGACGUUGCUGAUGGAGUGCACAGAGGGAGACCAUGAGGGCAACACCAUUUCUCUAGAGUGCCUUCGGGACAUAAAAACAACAUCAAAGACCAUCCGUCAGCAGCUGUCAGGUACAUUGUCUGACCUGCUGGAGUUGUCGUCAUUGGUCGGCCGCCAUGCAGUCCACGCCCAUCAGGCCACGGAGGAGGAACAGCUUGGCACUGCGAGGACCAGCCAGCUCUUCUGUCCCAAAAAGUGAAGGAUACCAGUGGGGACACAGUACAUGCACUUUGGAUCAUUCCCCCAAGUCUACAUAUAUUUGUACCUUUUGUGUCUUGUUUUUAUGUGUACUGUCCUGAUUUCUGUCUGCUUUGCAGCUGUGUUAUGAUAUAUUGUAUAUGAUAAAUAAUGACUGAUACUUUUUUACCUUUAUUGAUGGUAAAUUGCUAAUAAAAGAAACAAGAAAUCAAA